AACACGCGGGCGUCGGAGGCGUCUUGGCCCGACCGUGCUGCAGCACUUGUUUUCUGCAGGGCCGGCGCAGGCCCUGCUUACUAAGCCUCGCUGAUCCCGAUGGCUCUCCGAGGGGCAGGGACUUGCUAUUGCUCUUGGACUUCCCCGCGUUGAAACGGCCUCACAUGGCAAACUCACUUUCGCCUAUUCAGCAGCCUUGGCAGAGCUUUCGCGUCGCCACGAGGGAGCUAUGAGGCUGCUGAGGAGAGGAAGGCGUUCUGUGGGGAAAACAAAGGCCAACAUUGAAAGCUGUGUCGCUGAGGACAAGCCAACUGGUCUCGAUGUGAAGCUAUCCCAUGAUGCAACAUGUGUCCCCAGCACCAGCACUGACAAUGAUGGCCACUCAGAGCGUUCCUCCACCAUCGUACCAGGAGAGCCAACAGAUGACGGGCACCACUCAACAGAACUCCAAGGCCCAGCCGGUCCACAUCCCAGCAUCCUCGGCAGCAGGGGCCACCCCAGUCAGCGUGACCCUUGACCCCCAGGCCCAGCUGGAGUCAGACAAGCGUGCUGUUUACAGACACCCCCUUUUCCCGCUGCUUGCCCUGCUGUUUGAGAAGUGUGAGCAGGCCACACAGGGGUCGGAGUGCAUCACCUCCGCCAGCUUUGACGUGGACAUCGAGAACUUUGUCCACCAGCAGGAGCAGGACCACAAGCCCUUCUUUAGCGAGGACCCCGAGCUGGACAACCUGAUGGUGAAGGCCAUCCAGGUGUUGCGGAUCCACCUGCUAGAGCUGGAGAAGGUGAACGAGCUCUGCAAAGACUUCUGCAACCGUUACAUCACCUGCCUAAAGACCAAGAUGCACAGCGACAACCUGCUGAGGAACGACCUGGGUGGGCCCUACUCCCCCUCGCAAACCUCCCUGAGCCUGCAGCAGGAACUCUUGCAGAGCUCCACCCCCUCGGCGGUCUCCAGCUCCGUCAACCCCUCAGGCAUCGUGGUCCCUGCCAGCGCCCUGCAGCAGGGCAGCGUUGCCAUGACGACCAUCAACUCGCAAGUGGUGUCAGGUGGAACGUUGUAUCAGCCGGUAACCAUGGUGACAUCGCAGGGGCAGGUGCUAACCCAGGCUUUGCCGCAAGGGACCAUCCAGAUCCAAAACGCACAGGUAAACCUGGACCUCUCCGCACUGCUGGACAACGACGAUAAGAAAUCGAAAAACAAGCGGGGGGUCCUGCCGAAGCACGCCACCAACAUCAUGCGCUCCUGGCUCUUCCAGCACCUCAUGCACCCGUACCCUACAGAGGAUGAGAAGAGACAGAUCGCAGGACAAACUAAUCUCACUCUGCUACAGGUCAACAACUGGUUCAUUAACGCCCGCAGACGAAUCUUGCAGCCCAUGCUGGACGCCAGUAACCCUGACCCAGCGCCCAAGGCUAAGAAGAUGAAGUCUCAGCACCGGCCGACCCAGCGCUUCUGGCCUGACUCCAUUGUAGCCGGUGUCCUCCAGACGCACGGAGCGCACUCAGCCAACAACUCCGACAGCUCCCUGGCAAUGGACAACCUGCAGCCUCUGUCCUCAGACUCAGCUACGUUGGCCAUGCAGCAGGCCAUGCUGGGGGGAGCAGACGACUCCAUGGACGGGACGGAGGAGGAGGAAGAGGAGGAGGAGGACGAGGAGGAAGAGGACGAGGGGAUGGAGGAGGAGGACGAGGCGGAAGAGGAGAGGGGGGAGAGAGGGAGACGGCUGCACAGUGCCGCCAUUCGAGACCUCGGCCUGGAGCACAACGAGGGCCUGGAGUGAGGAAGAGCAGGAGGAGGAGGAGCAUUAGGAGGAGGAGGAGGCCACAGGACCGGAGCAUCCACACUGCACAAACACAGCACACACAGUAUGCAUACCCCAUCGUCAUGGACAAAGACCACGCUCACGUUCAAACCGGAAGGCUCGCCCAUGCUGACGCCUUUCAGCACAGCACAGCGCAAAACCCAAACCCUCAGACUUCGACAGAGCGCCGACGCGGAGGAGCCAGUCAGCAGUCCCGCGUUAUCUAAGAUUGUAAAGAUGUUUAUUUCCACUAGAGCUGCGCUGAUUGGUUUUCAUCAAGCUCUUAUUGAUUCGGUGUGUUCAAAUAACAACAACAACAACAACAAAAAAUAAACAAGACAACAACAACAACGAUAAUAAUAAUAAUAAUAGUAAUAAUAAUAAUAAUAAUAUUUGUUUAUGUAUGGAAGUCAAUGUUUAAGUUACAAGAGGGUGACAUUGGCCAAGCAGCUGCAAUUCUCUGGAAUGCCAAUGUCAUUGUUUACUCAAUGACUCAUCGCUUCUCAGGUCGAAUUCAUUAUGCUCUUUAUCAUUUCUUGUCUCAGAUAGACAUGAACUCUACAUUGUCACAAAUGGAUGUUUUCUUAGACGCAUGAUUUAUAAUAGUUCAUUAUUAAUAGGACAACAGAGAAUUAAAGACAGCACAAAGUUGGUAUAUCUGACCUUCUGAGCUUCGCCAAACAAUCGCUCAUUUGAAAGGUCAGUGAACGCUUGUGUACAUUACCGUUUUUUUUCUCAGCUUUUCGAAGGAAAACUUUAUACUUCCAGUGCACCCGAAGGACUUAAGGACUUACAGCUCUUUUGCAUUCUGUUAACCUCUGGUAGUCUAAUCAGACCUACGUCCAGAGUGUGCGAUCCUCAGCUGAAGUGGUGCAAUCGGAGACGUGAGAAAAAAACAGACGAGUUUGAUUCUGAAAGUGAGCCAGGACCGAGCAACACGGGUGACCUCUGAGCCCGUUUCUCAGACCGUUUCCCACUUCUCCCCCCCCCCCCCCCAAGAAAAUGAAACAGAUUUAAAAACUAGUAGGAAAUAAAGGGCAGAGACACACUGUGCAAUUUCCUGUUUCUCGGCCUACAGGACAGGAGGGUCUUAUGUUAACGGUGAACUUCCGAAAGGAUGAGCAGAGACUUACGGAUGACUGUGAGAUGGACUCAUCUGGAACAGGAGGUGGAGCGUGAAAGGGUCCCGUCAAUUUUGUGUGAGGGAAAUUUGCAAACUGUGAAGGGUAUUUCUGGCCUUUUUGUGCUAAACAAUCUUCAAAAAUCAAAUUAACCUUUUCUGAUGUGAUGUUCAGAAGAAAAAAAAAAAAGAAAAAAGAUAAUCUGUUCUUGGAUGUCCAUUGAAAUUGUUCUUUGUGAAGUCUGUUCCUCAUAAUUGUUUUAUCGAUCUUGCUUGCUUUUCGAAAUUUCCUUUUCAAAGCAAGUUACACAUAGGGAAAUUUUUUAUUUGUUUGUACACAUUGUUGGCAUAAUCUAUUGUGUUUCAAUAGAAUGUUUUUUUAAUUAUUAAAAAAGAGAUUAAUCUA